AUGGAAAACACAGUUGGGUGGAAGUCAGAGCUGGGCUUUGCCACUGAUGUGCUGGGUGGCUUUAGGAUCCUGAAAAUGCAAACCAUCAGCUUAAAACGCACCUGCCCUGGUGGUUCUCUGGCAGCAGCUUGGGAACGGGCAUCAAGAGACUUGGCUGUGACAGUUCCCGAGGGCAAAGUGGUGGUUCUGAAUUUCCGAUUCAUAGACCUCGAGAGUGACAAUCUGUGCCGUUACGACUUUGUGGAUGUGUACAGUGGUCACACCAAUGGCCAGCGUAUCGGGCGCUUCUGUGGCACGUUCCGGCCUGGAGCCCUUGUGUCCAGUGGUAACAAGAUGAUGGUGCAGAUGAUUUCCGAUGCCAACACAGCUGGGAAUGGCUUCAUGGCCAUGUUCUCUGCUGCUGAACCAAAUGAAAGAGGAGAUCAGUAUUGUGGAGGACGCCUUGAAAGACCUUCUGGCUCUUUUAAAACCCCCAACUGGCCAGACCGAGAUUACCCUGCAGGAGUCACUUGUGUGUGGCACAUUGUAGCCCCAAAGAAUCAGCUUAUAGAAUUAAAAUUUGAGAAGUUUGAUGUUGAGCGUGAUAACUAUUGCCGAUACGAUUUUGUGGCUGUGUUCAAUGGUGGAGAAGUCAAUGACGCUAAAAGAAUCGGCAAGUAUUGUGGCGAUAGUCCACCUGCGCCAAUUGUAUCUGAGAGAAAUGAACUUCUCAUUCAGUUUUUAUCAGACUUAAGUUUAACUGCAGAUGGGUUUAUUGGUCACUAUAAAUUCAGGCCAAAAAAACUGCCUACAACUACAGCACCACCUGUUACCACCACAUUCCCUGUAACCACAGGUUUAAAACCCACAGUGGCCCUGUGUCAACAAAAGUGUAGACGGACGGGGACUCUGGAGAGCAAUUAUUGUUCAAGUAACUUUGUAUUGGCCGGCACCGUGAUCACAACUGUCACCCGAGGUGGAAGCUUGCAUGCCACCGUCUCGAUCAUCAACAUCUACAAAGAGGGAAAUCUGGCAAUUCAGCAGGCUGGCAAGAACAUGAGUGCCAAGGUCACUGUGGUCUGCAAGCAGUGCCCUCUCCUCAGGAGAGGUCUAAAUUACAUUAUUAUGGGCCAGGUGGGUGAAGACGGGCGAGGCAAAAUCAUGCCAGACAGCUUUAUCAUGAUGUUCAAGACCAAGAAUCAGAAGCUUCUGGAUGCCUUGAAAGACAAGCAAUGUUAAUAGUGAACUGUGUCAAUUUAAGUUGCAUUCUGUCAUUGCCUUUGAAAGAUCUAUAUUUUUCUCUGUAGAAAAAAAAAUCUUAUAUUAAUUAUUGAGCAUUCAGAAAGAUUUACUCUUCACAUGAUGUAGGUAUGAGACCUCCGAUAUCACUGGUGGAAGUUCUGUGUCUGCACUGAGAGGAACAGAUGCGUGAUUGAAAACCUGCAGACUUAGUGCAGUGACAGGAAACUGAAUGUAUCAAGCGUUCUCAGUGUGGAAGCAGUUUAUUUAUACAUCUCUGUAAAAGGGUAUUUUAGAAAUAAGUUGUGUGAAGAUGUAAAAAAGAGAUUUUAUAAGUGCAAUAUUUAUAGUGAUACUUGUUUUACCUUCAAGCAUUUGCUCUGAGGUGUUAUAUUCUUCUCUUGCAUUUUUUUAAGUCAGUGCUUAAUAAAAUAUUUUUAAAUGACUACAUAGCAGCCAUUAAACUUGUUUUUAUAGAAAAUGGAACACUGUAAAAAGGAACUUCCCUGCUUUUUUACAUAUCAGUUUGGCAUCAAUUUACACUUUGCUGAAAGAGUUAGCAUUCCAAGAACUUCAGGGACGGGAUGGAUCCAGUAAUGUAAGUAGACUAUAAUUCUCUGGAGAAUCAGAGAACGUUAGUGUUAGAAUGGCAUCCCUCAGGGAUCUAGUUCACCUCCUUCAUUUUGUAACAGAAAUUGAAGCUCGGGUCUAUUUAGUGACUCAUCUAGAGCACACAUCUCCCAAGAGACCCAGCUGGCACUCAAGCUCAGAAGUCCUGGCUCCUACCCAGUGCCCUCCCUGCCACCAGAAGAGGCCCUCCCUGCCCCAGAGGAAAACCCUCUUAGCCUGACUUUGCAGCGUUGGCUCUUUGUUUCCUUUGCUGCCUAAAUCACCAUGGGUUGUUUUAUAGGACUUGAAAUUAGAGGUGAGUCUGAUGCCCCGGUCCUGUUCCUCCCCACUUAACUGGAUCAGGCUGCAUCAGCUAGGAUGCUUUCUGCUGUGGCCUUUGAGGAAUCAGUUUUCACUCAGUGGUGGAGGAACUGUGAAGGAACUCCCCGCCUCUGCACACAGCUGUUGAACCUGCAAAGGCUGUGGCAACCAGCCCUCAGGAGUUUGCCGGCCAGCAGCUGUGGAAGAGGGGGCAACCAUCCCUGUCUGAGGACGGGUGGGGGGGGGGAAGCACAUCAGGGACGAACAAAGACUUGGGUCACAAGGUCUCUCAUGGUAGAACCAAAGGUUUAGAAAUAAGGAAAAGUUUCUUUUGGGUAAACACAAUAAUUCCCAGCCCUAGAAGUGACCAUUCAAAAGGCAAAAAAAAAAAGAAUUUCGAAAGGAAGAAUCCCUCUGUUUUGGCAGCUGACUGAGCACAAGCAAGCCAUGAAUGUGGCCUGGUUGUGGGGUCAGGAAUCAUUCCUAACCUCUCCCACUGGGCUGCCCCCAUCAGUCCCAGAGAAUUCAGCAGCUGAGAAGGUGGAUGAACGGCAGGAGUUGGUGGUUGACUUCCCUGGCCAGUGCCACCUUUUAGAAAGGUCCCCCACAAGGCACAGCUGUGCCCAGCCAGGAUGCAACUGUGGAAUCCUGAUUGAUUCUAACCUUCAAGGCAGGGGAGUUCCUUUCAAGAACGCAUGUUAUGAGACUUUGCAAUGAUUACCAAAGAUUUCAGUAUUUGGGGGGCACCUGGCUGGCUCAGCCAGUAGAGCGCGGGACUCUUGAUCUCUCGAACGGGAGUUCGAGAUGACUCGUCUGGAGUGUGUGUGGUGUGGGGUGUGUGGUGUGGGGAUUACUUAAAAAAAAAAAAAAAAGAUUGUUGUAUUUCUUCUCCUUCUCUUCUAAUUGGUGCAUUACCAGCAGAAAGACUGCCAUUUGUGCUGGGUGGGUGCCUGAGUCACAGUGAGGUAAAAAUUGGGAAAAGGACUCCAAACUAUUUAUACCAUUGACAUCUCUGACACAAGACUUUGAACUGUUGAGGGAAUCAGUGGUUAAUAACGAAUGGCACUGGUUUGUCUUUUAAUUCAAUUAUUCAAAACAGAGAUAAGCUGAAUAGUGACCUUGCUCUUUUGGUCCAACAACCAUUUCUUAAUUUCUUUCUUGUUUAAUAAAUCACUUAUUUUGACUGAACUUGAGUUUCCUUAGUUAUAAAUUGAAGGAGUUAGACUAGAUGACUUCUGGGAAUUAUUUCUCUUUUAGGAACUUUUUUUUUAAUUUUAUUUUUUCAAAGUGUAAUUGACUAAGUUUUGUUUUUGUUUUUAGUACUUGUACUUGGGGACUCAAAUACACAUGAUGAACAAAUGGGUGACCAUACUAAUACAUCAUAAAACAUUUCCAGACUCUCUGAUGUGUUUCAGGGGGUCCUGUUAGCUUAAUUUUCAUCCUUUGAAUUCAAUUCCUAUAAUAAAAAUAUAUGAAUUUUG